UCCUCCUCCUUGUAGACCAGAUUAGCCCCAGCAGCUUGCCUGGAGAGAGAAAGAGUGAGAGAGAGAGAGGGAGAGAGGCAGAGGCUAGAAAGGACCUAUGACCACCGCGGAGAGGAGCCCACGCUGCUGUCACCACGCCGGCUCUAAUAAAUGGCCACGGCCAUUCCAAGGCCAGAUUACGGCAGAUUAAAGAGGCCACGGUGGCACGCGUAAACUUUCCGCAUGUUCCCGAGGAGCGGCUAGCUGCGCUUCGGCCGUCGUGGCGUGGACGAAUCAUGAUGCUGCGUCUUUGAUUGGACCCUGACUGGAGAGGGACCCUCUCUGCGAUCCUGCGUGGUUUUGCCCGUGUCCUGCCAUGCCACAAUGCUUAUAAUUCAACUCGUGGUGUUGCUCAGCGUGUUGUUGUUCGGCGACGCGCGGGGCUCGGCGGGGUCGAGGACGCAACCCUGUGCCGGGAAGCAGCCGUGUGACCCACGGCACCGACGCGACGCCGGAGGACGCGGUGGCGUUUACGAGCACCUCGGAGGCGCGCCGCGGCGCAGGAAACUCUACUGCGCUACUAAAUAUCAUCUACAGAUACAUCCAAACGGAAAAAUAGACGGAUCUCUGGAGGAGGACAAUCCUCUGAGUAUAUUGGAGAUCACAGCAGUGGAUGUUGGAGUGGUAGCCAUCAAGGGCCUGUUCUCUGGAAGAUAUUUAGCCAUGAAUGAGAAAGGUCGCCUAUAUGCUUCGGAGGUUUUUAACAAGGAGUGUGAAUUUCUGGAGCGCAUUCAUGAGUUAGGCUACAAUACUUACGCAUCACGGCACCACUCAACGACUCAGCACUCAGGAUCCAGUGGAAAGGGCAGCAAGCAUCGGGCCUUUGUCAAGAAACAGUGGUUCGUGUCUAUUAAUGGAAAAGGUCGGCCCAGGAGGGGCUUUAAGACGAAAAGCACAGACAAAGCUUCCCUCUUCCUGCCCCGUGUUUUGGGCAACAAGGACCAUGAGAUGGUCUCACGUCUUCUGGAGAGCAGACAAGAUGAGACAAGCCAUCAAAGGUCUCGCAUGGGCCGUGCUGAACGAAGGAGUCGGAGACACAAGGAACCCAAACGGCACCAUGGCAGAAGGGGCAAUAGGCGCAAAUCCGGCCACAAAAAAAAGACUUCGGACAGGCAGUUGGAAUAGACAAUUUCAAUAAGGACCUUUCAUGGCAAAAUGCUAUCAUUUUAGAUAAAAGAUCUUUUCCUUAUAUUAAGAGAUGUUUUUUCUCCUUUAUAUUUUAUUCCUAAAAAAUCUUGCAUUUGAUAUGUAAGGACAGUUGCUUUUAUGCAUUACAAAAUGCAUUUCUAUGACCAAAACUGAAUACUGCUGGAUUUUUUAGACACGUGCAUUGGGAACACGUGUAUUGUAGAAAGAUGUGUAGUCACUUUCCAAAUUCUUUUUACAUUCUUAAGCAAAUUAUUUUUUACAAAGUUUUAAUUAGGGAAAUUGGAUAAAAGUGCCGAAGAUGUGUUAUAUUGUUGGACUAAAAAACUUUAUAGAUAAGGUGUCCAGAAAAGCACUUUUUAUCACAUUAACAUGUAUAAUAGGUGACAAAGGUACAGAAGAAAAAGAGGAAUUCUUACAAAAUGUACAUGUGAUAGUCUACUGUCCUUAAACUGCAAUGAGAAGUACUUUGUAUAUUACUAAUAUUAUGCAUAUUUAUUUUGUCCAUGUGUUAAAUUAUUGAUGACAUAGUUUCUACAGGUCAGUUAUAGCCUAAUCAUUGUUAUUACCAUAAAAAAAUCAUUGUUGUUUGUGCUCACAUGAGCAGAAGAGUGAACAGAGGUUCUCUGGGUUUGAUAUCCAAAAGUACUUUUCAUUUGUCUACAACUGAGAAGUUAAUAUAUCAUUGGUCACUUGUAAAGUUGUCAAUUAAUUUUCUUAUGUAUGGAACACUGUAAAAUGUGGCAACAUAUAGUAAAGAUGUGCUGCUCAACACUGAAAGCUAAACAUGUGGAGGAAUGUCACCAAUAAAUUAUAUGGAAAUAUAAAUACAUAUAAAUGUUACAAUUAAGGUUUUUCAUUUUAAAAAGUCAACAUUCUAAUCCCUUGAAAAUAAUAAUCUGUACAGAGAGAAUCAAAACAUUUGGUUUUUUUUUGACAGACUCUUGUUACUAAUAGUUAUUGAACAU